AUGCCAACGGCAACCAAGGAUGCCAGGCUCAUACACACCAAGAAAGCGCCACUCAUACUCGAGGAGCCUGUUGUUAACAUCAUACGCUUCGCCAACAGCGAACAGCGAGCGUAUUUUGACGAGUGGUCGAAAUUAUCGGUGACGUUUCUCAGUGGUGGUUUGAAUCAAACGCGACUUUGGACAGCGACCAUGCCACAAGUAUCCCUGGAGGAGACGACGUUGCGAUAUGCCGCGAUGGCCGUUGGUGCGCUGCGGAAGGCGUAUGAGGUUGAGAGUCCGACAACCGUACUGACGAACGGCAACAAGCAUUAUCUCAACGCGGUGAUUUAUUACUGCGAGGCACUGCGGCUGCAAUCCAAAGCCAAGCCAACCAGGGAGGGAUUACGAACAGCACUGCUAUCGUCGCUUUUGUUUAUUUGCUUCGAGGCGCAGCGCGGAAACAUGCCAGCCGCUCUCAAGCAUGUAACUCACGGAUUUAGCAUGUUGAACGAGCUUGCCGCUUGUACGGACCUCGCUCCUGGUCUGGUUAGCAUUGCACAAGCACCGCCGUCGCUCGUGCAAGAGAUCCUCGACUGUUAUAAGCCACUCGAAUUGCAAUCAAGGUCGUUCAUGGGGUCCUAUAAGAAGUUCUUCUUCCCACCAACACCGGCCAAAAAUGCACAAGGAAAUCUGACCACGGUCGAGCCAACAAAUGUACAACACGUUGCCCCCCAGGCCAGCCCGGCAUCCAGCUCUGAUGUCUCAAUGCGGUCGACUCAAAGUCCACCGAGUCACCCGGGGACACCAUGGCAAAGUCCACCACCGACGACAGCAGCGGCAGCUCAGACAGGUCUACCUAGCCCUCAGAGUCAGAGCAGCAGUCCGGGAACGCCGCCGGGUCCUGGUCAAUUACCCCCUCAAGGUGCUCGUCGGUUCGCCAGCAUUGCACCAUUCACAAAGCACUCGCCGUACUUUCGACCGAGACAAUCGAAUAUAACGACGCUGGAUGAUUUGCCACGAGUUUUCAAGGACCUUGAAGAAGCUCAAGGCUAUUGGAGUUUGGUCCAGAAAGCGAUGGUGGCGCAUGUGCCGAUGCUGACAAUGGUGACAUCACGGCUUGGUUUAACGAGAGCUGUCAGCGAGGCUGAGCUCGACAUGAAGCUCUCCAGCGUGAAACAAAACCCGCAGAUUACCAAGUUCAUCGCUGAAACGCGAUACUGGAUCUCGAGAUGGGCCGAAGCUCUUGAGCCGGUGUACCAGACAAUUUGCCGCAACUCGGUCAAUGACCCGCAAACGUACCUUCAUGCCAUCAACUUGCGAAUCGAAUAUCUCAUCUUGUACAUAUACACGACGGUUCCGCGGUUCUCUGGACUGGUCACAGCCAAGGGCCUCACGCCACAGUACCGGGAAAUCAACCGCCUCGCAGAGACGCUGCUCAUGGCACGGCCGAACUGUGGAUUUGCAAUGGACUCUGGCUGGACAUGGCCGCUGUUUGUAGCGUCGUUCAGCUGCCGAGACCGAGCUGUUCGAGACGACGCGAUCCGCAUUCUUGGCCAGUACCCCAUUCGAAAUGCGCUUCGCGACAGCCGAGUAUUCCGGGCAAUUGCGAUACGGAAUCAAGAAGUCGAGGAACAAGUCAUGAUGGAAGGAACAGAGAACGAGCAGUGGCUGCGACUGAGGAGACGGGAGUUGGUGUUUGAGGACUUUGGUACAAAUAUUAUAUACCGAUCGGCACAGAAGAACCCCAGCACUGGGGUAUGGGAACUAGUUGAGGAGGCAGCCGAGUUUACCGUCUUACCUGAUGGCAAGCUGGACUGGCAAAGGCAACCGGUGUCGGAUUCGGCAUCCAUUCUGUCCGGGGUCUGUUAG